CUGCUCUUGGAGGAACUAUCCUCGCCUUGAUCAACUCCCAGGACUUUUGAGAGCACCUCUACACUUAUGCCUUAGUCCGGCUAUAUAUACAGUGGUGGUGUACACGACCUUGGAACCACCUAGUCGCGAACAGAAAGAGCUUCAUUAAUAACCCCUUCACCGGUUACCCAUCACUACUCCGGCAGUCAUAACGAGACAAUAUGCCCACCUACUACACCCUUCCCCCAACGCCCUCGGGGUCGAGCUUGCACUCUCCAAUGGACUCCGCCUCCUCCUCCGCCUCCUCCUCAAGGUCCAACUCGAACAGCCGCAGUAGAGUCCCCCGCCUCCAAGCCAGCAACAAAGAAAAGGGGGAUAGCAAGACCAAGAAAAGCAUCCCCUACCUCUUUCUCGGCUCCGUCGUCGGCGCCUCGCUGCUUGCGCACAAGUACUGGCCUCGGGGCUUCCCCCACGGCGACAAGGAGGAUUGGGAGAUAUCCGAGCUGGGGCGGCGGGCCAGGCAGAGGCGGCUGGCGGAGAAGGCUGCCCGUCGAGGACGAGGGGGAGGAGGAGCAACAGAGGACCGUGGCCGCAGCCGCAGCCGCAGCCGCAGCCGUAGUCGCAGUCGGGGACCGAACCGGAGAUGGCUUCGAAGCGAGAGCAGGGAGCGGAGCGUCGAGUGCCGCGAGUGCGUCGUCGUCAGUUGUUGCUGUCGCGGCCGCAGCUGCAGCCGCAGCAGAAGCCGACACCGACACCGAAGCCGAAGCGUGAGCCGCGAGCGGACCGCGGUCCUUGCCGCCACAGAGCGGCACUACCCCGCUACUACCGGGUCGUCGGAGAGAUAUCGUUUGAUGGACCGAAGCGCCUCUAUCAGCAGGAGUUUGUCUGUGAGCAGCACUGGGUCGCGGUAUUCCCUUGAGAGGAGCGCAUCGAGUGCGGCGCCGCGAUACCUCCGCUUGCCGGCACAGGGACAGUACUACGAUCGCGACGCUCACGGUUCUGAACAUGGUUACCGUGAGUCUCGGGCUAUAGCUAGACGCCUUUCGCUUGAUGCUGGUGGGGCCGAGCGGCGUGAUGAUGGUGUUGUGUGGCGUUGUCACUGAGUUUUGCCCGUCCUCAGUAGUACCUUAGCUUGUAUGUGACCGAUGGAAGGAACAGGGUGUGUCUGGAGAGAUGGAACAUGGUGUCUCGGAAAAUUCCAUAGUAUAAGCGAGAAUGCGUUAAUGUGUAAGGGUCUACACGUAACAACGUCUGAAAUCAAGCUUCAUAACACAUGCGGGACGAGAGCUGUCCACAUCAAGCAUAGACCAACACACUCAACACCAUGGCAG